AUGAUGGCUUCAGCAGGUAACAUAGCUAGUCUGAGUAUAGACCCAGUUAAUAACGAUCUCCAUAUGAAUGAUUCGUCGAAUAUCAUUUCAGAUGAUAAAAAUUCACCCUUACCUUUAUCAUCAAUGCUUCACAGCUUGUCUAUGGGUAGUGAAGGUCAUUCUGUUUUACCAAAUGAUCUAGCUAAUUCCUCACCAGGACCUUACUUGCUAAAGUUGAAAAAUUUACCAAAUGAAAUUACGUCAAGAGAAGCUCAUGCCAUCUUCGCUUUGGUAAAUGGCUUCAUCAAUGUUGAAUUACAUGAUGAACCUGAAAAUAAUGGUAAUAAUGUAAAAAUAAUAAUUGCAAAGUUUGGUUCUCUUUCGUUGAUCUCUCAAUGUGCUGCUAUCCUGGAUUCUAAAAGCGAUAUUUUUGGUCCAGAACUACCAAUUAAACUAUCUGUUGAAAUUAUUGAUGAAUCCAAUAAUCAGCAUAUUCCAGUUCCAUCAAUGGUUUCGGAUCAGAGUUUCCAAUUACCAACAGGCUCCAUCCCAUCAUUAGUUGCUACUCCUCCAAUAUCGAGAAAGAUAUCAGCAAGUAUUCCUCAAAAAUCAAGAUUUUCUUUCCAUGAUGCAUUUGGUACUGAAAGCAAUCCUCAUCAACAAAAUAUCGCUUCUCAAAAUCAAUCAUCUCAUGAUCUAAGUAUGGGUUCUGGAUUACCAUCGGUAGCACCAAAUGAUGUCGGAAAGUCGUUCUUAUUAAUGGGAAAUGAUGAAAUCAAUAACAGUAUUUGGGGUUCCAAUGGGAUUCCAUCGUUGAUGAACGGGUUCUCUAGUAUCCCUCAAUCAUCUGCAACAAAUUUGGACUGGGCAGCUCACUCAGAAAGAAAACAAAGUGCUCCACUAUACAUGCCCCAUGCUGUUAACUCUGGUAUGGUACCAUCUCAAUCGAUGGAUUCGAUUCCUCAAAUGCAAUCUGUCAAUAGAUCAGUUCCAACCAGUUCUUCUGCAGUGAUAACGCCAAACCAAAUUGCAUCUUAUGGGCUUAUACCACAAGUCCAGGGUAGCAAUCGAUCACUAUCAAAUAAUAUGCAAUCAAGUAAUGAUAUUCCAAUAGCUCCUGUUCAAAGUCGUUCAAGUUUCUCUCAAGUUCAAUCAGCUCCUCAACCUCAAUUUCCUCCAGAGGUUUCAAACAAUAUUAUUCCUCCAACAACACCACAAAAGAAUGUGCCUUUGAGAUCAACACCUACUAAGGGGCUAAACAGCAUGGCUAAAGUACCGUCUUCAUCUUCUUCUUCAAGCAAUGUCGUAGGUUCCUCUGGGAUUUCACAAGCAGACUUAUCCUUGUUAGCUAGAGUUCCUCCUCCUGCAAAUCCAGCUGAUCAGAAUCCACCAUGUAAUACUUUAUAUGUUGGCAACUUGCCUCCAGAUGCCACUGAACAAGAAUUAAGACAGUUGUUUUCAAGUCAACAAGGUUUCAGAAGGUUGUCAUUUAGAAACAAGAAUAGUAAUGGUAAUGGGCACGGACCAAUGUGUUUUGUUGAGUUUGAAGACGCAAGUUUUGCUACAGUUGCCUUGGCUGAGCUAUAUGGUAGCCAAUUACCAAGAAGCACAGUAAGUAAUAAAGGUGGUAUCAGAUUGAGUUUUUCUAAGAAUCCAUUAGGUGUUAGAGGUCCAAACAGUAGAAGAGGAGGUAGUAACAGCAACGCUGGUGGUUCAGGAAACGGUUCAUCCAGCAACCCAUCUAACAACCCUAAUUCAAAUAACAAUAGUAAUAACAACAACAGUAACAGCUACAGUUAUUCUAUUGGAUACUCUAAAAAUUGA